CAGAAAAAAAAAAAUUAAAUUGCACCAAACUGAUCCCGUCACCGUCGCAACAAGAGAGACUCAUCAACAUCUGAAGAAAGACCUAAAAGCAAACACAAACAGUAACGAUUUCGUUUUUUGUUUUUUUUUCUCGAGCUCUGGAUCUUCUGCAAUUUCACGCAAUAGAAUCUGCUCUUCUUCUAGAUCGUUUCGAUCCCAUUGAUCUUUGAUCCGGGACCGUGAGCUGUGUAAAAUGGCGUACGUGGACCAUGCGUUCUCGAUAACGGACGAGGACAUAAUGAUUGAGAGUUCAUACACCGUCAAUAACCGACCGCCGGUUAAGGAGAUCGCACUCGCGGUUGCUCUGCUCGUGUUCGGAACCCUAGGAAUUGUCUCCGGUUUCUUUAUGGCGUAUAAUCGAGUUGGCGGUGAUCGAGGCCACGGGAUUUUCUUCAUCGUCCUGGGGUGUCUUCUAUUCAUCCCAGGGUUUUACUAUACGCGGAUCGCGUAUUACGCUUACAAAGGAUACAAAGGUUUCUCCUUCUCAAACAUACCGCCUGUUUAGUAUUAUCCCCCUUUUGAAUCUCUCCUCCUAUGUAUAGAGAUGUUUUUCAUUGCUUGUAAGCAAAUGAAUUGACUUGUUUUCUCCCUUGUGUAGUCUUUUAUAGGAGUUGAGUUGAGUCCCUUCUUGCCUUCACGCUCCUUUUGUUAAAUAAAUUUGAGUCUGUGACAGUUUUUAGUCAGAUUUAUUACAUACAUAUCUAUAUAUAAAAUCAGAUGUAAGUUGUUCAAUU